GUUAGAGUGCCGGGACGGGGCGGAGGGGCUGCAAUAAAACGAACGUUAACGGCAGCGGGAGGUGUAUAACGCCGGGGAAAGGGUUGUCUGGUGGAGGAGAAAGAGAAGUCGGCAUAUCGUGCUCUCUUCUCGGCGAUGGGAACGAAUGGUGGAUGUCGUGAUCCCCACUAGUGGCGAGAUGGAGCCGGAGAAGCAUCAGCGGACGGAGAAGAGCAGCUCGGGCCUCCUCGGUGGGGAGAGUAAUAGAACAGGAACCGCUGAGGACAGCACACAAUAUGGCGGACGCUCUGAGAGCAGUAGCACUGGGGAGGCGCUGUUGCUUGGUGGUGCUGCUGCAGUGGACAAGGUCCCCAAAAACCUCAGCAUCACUAACAGCAGCCAGCGCAGGAACAGCAUCUCAACGGCAAAUGAACAGCAGCAGCAGCAGCUGCCCAGCGGUGUGUCGCGGGGGCCCCCCGCUCUCCCCAAGCCCCCAGAAGACCUGCCUGUUAGGAGGAACUUUCAGAUUCCCAGGAAGAGCAGAGAAAAGAAAGGACUCUUUCAACCUGUAACUGUAGGCUCUCGAGAAUUUGAAGAUGUUGUGAAGAUUCUUCAUUCAUCUUACUUGGACCUAAAUUCAGCGUCCCAUUUUAAUUACAAGAAAGUCAGCUUAGUUCAUAAUGUACUGUUGGAAAAGGAAUUCACAGAAAAACGCAGAGAGCUGAAAUUUGAUGGUCGCCAAGAAAAAGAGCUUUCCGAAACCUAUGCAUUUUUGAUGGUUGACCGAUCUCAGAUCCAAAACAUAUGUGAAAAGGGGCUGCAGGUGGGCCACUCCACAAUAUCAAUUCUUGGAAGCCCUUCCAUGGGUGUGUAUAUUUCCAGGUACGCUGAUCUAUUGCAGCCUAAUCCUUUAGAAGCUGGAGCAACUGGAGAUGUGAUUGUUUUUAAAAUAAUAAAGGGAAAAAUGAGAAGCAUAUAUGACCCCAUUGGUAUGAAAGCAAUGGAAUCAACAGUAAAGACUGCAUUGGAUCCAACACCAAAUCACGAGUGUCAUGUUUCAAAGAAUGCAAAUAAAGUAACCUCCUUGUUGGCUUACCGAGCCUAUGAACUUACUCAGUACUUUUUUUAUGAAUUUGUCUUUGAUGAGAUAAGGCGAAGACCAAGACAUGUUUGUCCUCAUGCUGUUGUUUCAUUUACUUAUAAAGAUGAAAUGGUGCAAGUACCAAAAUUCCUGUCCCCAUCCAGAUCAAACAGCUUCAACACAGAUAGAAGUACAGAUAAGUCUAACUAUACGUUAUGGAGGGGACAGCUUUGGAAUAAAGACAAACUUUUGUGCCAUGCUUCUGUGAAAUCAGUGUUGCAUACAUUCCUUCCCUGCAAGCUUCCUGAGAAGAUUGAGAUUGAAAAAGUUGCGAGCAUUGAUCAAGUGAAGAAAAAAUUUUCACCAAUAUUGUUCGAUAAAGACACUUACCUUGGUUUAAAAGAGGUCUGCAAGAAUGGCAUGUGCAGUAGCCUUUAUGAAGUUGUGGAGACAUCACGUUCUGGUAGUCACUUGGAGGGCUUACUUCAAAAACUAGAGAAAGAAAAAAUUGUUCUUGUGAAACUGCUUGUGGACAGAGGAUUUCUUUUUCUUCUUUCUUCUUGGCAAAUGAUGACUCCCUACGACCACCAAACUGGACGGCCCCACAUGCUUCAGGCAUUGUUUCUGUUUCCAGAAUCUAGAGGCAUCGUGAACUCAGCACACAGAAGUGUUCUGUUUGGAACACAGGAAAAUUCAGCUCGCAUGGUUGUGCGCAAAAGUCAGGAAAUCAUUCCAGAAUUCACAAAGUUUAUUCAGGCUCUACAUUGUGGUUUAUUCCAGUCUCGUAAGAGCAGUGCUACAAAUGUCAAUGCUGUUGUGGAGAAGCAUAUAAAAGAGUAUCUGAAAAGAUGUAGUGGCCCUCGAAAAUAUAGAGGAUAUGAGUUACAUCUGUAUGACUCACGGUUGGAUGAGAAAAAAUUUCUUUAUGCUGCUCCAAAAAAUAAAUCUCAUAUUGAUGGCAACUUGCAGAACUAUAUUUUUCAUUCUGAGGUAUAUCAAAUACCUGUUUCUAGAGCUAAGGAAUUGAUGGAGGGAUACUGUAAACUUCAACACUUCGGUUCCAUCUCAGAUUAUGAAGUCACAGAAGAUGACUCUGAUUUUGUCAAUGCAAAAAGGGGGAAAAGAAUCCAUGCAAAAUACGAAGCCACUGCUGCCAAGCAAAAACUGCCUCAUUCUGGAGAUUAUGAUCCUGACAGACUCAAAAAACUUAUUAACUUAAUCCAGAGUAGGAAAAAAAAUGUAGGUGGGGAUUCUGAUUCUGAAGACCCUAGAAAUAAAAGUGGUCUGAAGAGGAAACUGGAAGAACAGUCUGAAAAUUUGCAGAAAUACUUAAAAUUAAGUGAAUCUUCAGAGAGCAGUUGUCAGUAUGAAGUUAAUGCUGGUCUUGAUGGACGUGAUACUGAGUUGAGGCAGCACGACAUAUCUGACCCUGCUGUUGCUGACACCCAUGGCCUCAUUAAACUGCUUUUAGAAACACUAGCUAAUGCGGGACACUUGGAUUCAUCACUGGCACAGUCUGUCAAUCAAGCUUUAGGAUUAAGCACUGAUGAAAUCGAAGAGGAUAUGAGGCAAAAAUACGAGUCUGAAUGCUUUCCAGCACAGAACGAAGAUCAUCAUGAGCUUCCUAAUACUGCUCAGGCUGAGGAUGUUCACUUUAAGGACCUACAGAGCCCAGCAAUACUGGAAACUGAUGCAGUGUGCUUACCUUACCCUGUUAAUGUUGAUCUACGACUUUCAGCUAAUGAAGUAGGCCUUGAACACACGCUGCAUUUAAAAGAAGCAAGUGCUGGAAGUGUAAGUAGUUUUGAAGACUACAGUCUGUGUCCCAGCACACCUAUAGAACAUGUUUAUCGCCGGCAACGUUCCAAUUCAAAUAACAGAGAAGUUGGAAUGCACUGGAAACUUAUCCCAAUUACAGGUCUGAAAUCACCAGAAGAACCACUGGUGUAUUUGCCACCAAAGGAUGCCUUUCCUAAUGACCCUCGCAUAAUAAGUAGACAGAGAAGUUCUGAUUAUCAGUCCCCAUACUCUCCAUUUUCAGACAUACAAAAGGGGACAGCAGAAGAUGGACUUUAUACAAGAGAAGUGGAAAAACGUGAAGAUCAGUGUGGGAUAGCAGAUCACUCUUUAUCAACUAAGCAUUCCAUUGCUGCAGUAAUAGAGACCACACUAUUAGAAGAAUAUAAGCUCUUUACAAGAAAGCUUCAAGAAAUUUUGCAUCAAAACAAUAUUGCUUAUGUUAGUGGCACAUCCACACCAUUCCUCUCUGCCCAGGAGAGGAUAAUGAGACUUUCCAACUACAUCUGUUUCCAGUUUGCAGAUGUUUCUGUCCAAGAAUUUAUAGAGACACUGAGUGAAAAGCUGACCAGUGUUAUUUUGUCCUCUUCGUGCAUUAGGCGUACUCCACCAGUUUAUUUCAGUCCUGAAUCAGCAGAAGUGGUCAGUAAUGCUGCACUGAAUCCUCUACUAGAGAUGCCGCCUGUUUGCAGGGACUCUGACACCGUGGUGUGCCCAGAGCCAUGUAGCAAUAACAUGGUGAAAGAGGUGGAUUCUAAUGAGCAGUGUUUGUCAAGCUUACCCUUAGUGAAGGAGGAAAUAGAUCAUGUGAAUACUAAACCGGAGGAUGUAGUGACAUCUGAUCAGACAUCUUCCAGCAAUGAUCUGAUGGAGCCACCAGAAAAGACGCAGAAAUCCCCUGAGAAUAUAAACAUUGCAGCCCAACCAGCCUUUUCUGAUUUUAUAAGCCAGUUAAAACCUGAAGUGUUCAACAGUUUGGUUGAAAUUUUCAAAGAUGUACAGAAAAACACUGUGAAAUUUUACAUUCUUGAAGAGGAGGAAAGCGUUCUCUGCAAGGAAAUCAAGGAGUAUCUUACAAAGCUAGGCAAUACAGAAUGUCAUCCAGAACAGUUCCUUAGAAGAAGAGCUGCUUUAGAUAAGUUGUUGAUAAUUAUCCAAAAUGAAGACAUUGCCAACCUCAUCCAUAAGAUUCCUGGCUUAGUAACUUUGAAGAGGCUUUCUUGUGUCAGCUUUGCGGGCGUUGAUAGUUUGGAUGAUGUGAAAAAUCGCACUUACAAUGAAUUGUUUGUGUCUGGUGGCUUUGUUGUGUCAGAUGAAUCUGUCCUUAAUCCAGAGUCCAUCACUACAGAUAAACUAAAACAGUUCUUAAAGUUUCUGGAAGAUCUCAAUACCCCAGAUGGAAAAUGGCAGUGGAAAGUCCAUUGCAAAAUACAAAAAAAACUUAAAGAGCUGGGGAGAAUGAAUGCUAAUGCCUUGAGUCUGCUGACCCUUCUGAGCACCUAUCAAAAGAAGCACCUGGUUGAGAUUCUGUCUUACCAUAACUGUGAUUCUCAAACUCGAAAUGCUCCAGAAUUAGACUGUCUUAUCAGGCUUCAGGCUCAAAACAUACAACAGAGACACGUCGUGUUUUUAACAGAAAAGCAUCUCAAAACACUCGCAGAUUAUGUGGACAGUGGCAUAGUGGUGGCUACUGUUGAUGACUUCAUGCAGAAUUUUGAAAGUCUUGUUGGGUAUCACAACUCAGUUGCUGAAGAGAGCAGCCUGUCUCCUCCGGACACUCAAAAAAGGCAAUCAGUUCUUGUAGGAAAUGAAAAAGAAGAGGAGGACAUGUCUCUGGAUUCAGGGGAUGAAACAUCACAAAUAGAAAUCUACAAUGAUACUUCUGAAUAUGAUAGCAAUUUGGAAGCUCUGCAGACAGAGGCCAAGGGCUCUGAUGGAGUAGAUGCAAAAGAAAGCCGCUUAUCAGUUACGGAGUUACCUUCUGAAGUACAAGUUGGUUUGAUGGACAAGACUUUGAAAAUUGACUUGGAAGAGAUACAGCCAAUUACUCCAGUUUCUACAACAUGCUCUGCUGAAGGAGAAAAUCACAACUCAGUUGAUCAAACCCCUUUCAAUAACUUCCAAGUUUAUAGUAGACAAUUAAACAUGUCCCAUCAAUUCAGUCACUUUAACGUACUCACACAUCAGACUUUCCUGGGAACAACAUACCCCAUUUCCUCUGUGAGUCAAAACCAAGAAGGGGGCAAUUAUUUUCUAUCUGCUUACAGUCAGAGCAUGGAUACAGAGAAGUCAUCGUCACCUGGUGGCUGGGAUAUAAACUCUGAUUCUUCCAGGCCAUAUUCAGACCAGAAAUAAACUCCUAAGGCUCUUUUUAUAAGUUGCUGUGGAGUCUUCUGUUUCUAAAGUGGUAGAUUAACAAUUUCUAUUUUACUCUGGAACAAAAAUCUUUCUUGUUCUUUAUCUCAAAUGUUUUCUUGUCUAUUUAAAUCCUGGUGGCCUGUACCUGUUAGAAGCAUCUGAAUAUUGGAAAAAAAAAAAAUAUAUAUUUUUUUAACAUUUACUGUACUUGAAUUUCUUGUUUGUUGGCACUUUUAAGUUCUUACAUUUGUAUUUGACCUGUACCUGGGCUUCAGUUUGAGGUCUGUUUUAAUGUAAAACUGAAUGUUUGCCUAAAAUACAUGAGGGUUUUUUUUAAAUGUAAGAGUAUCCAAAUCACUUUUCUUUACAUAAAUAUUAAAAGUUAUGUAUUUAUUUGACAUUUGACACAAGUUUUGUACAAAUGUUUUUACAGAGUUCUAAGGCAGUGUACUUAUUUUGAUGACUAUAUACUGGAUCUUGGCUAAAUACCUCAGAGUAACCAAUGGUGCAGUUCCAUUAUGAAAAUAAACUCUUAAUGCACAAGGGACUUGCUAACACCUUGCAUCAUCUGUGGGUUUUAUGCUGCUUUCAAAGGUAUGUGGGAAAUGUACUCUAGCUUUGUCUCAUGUGUCACAGUUACCUGCCUGUGUCACUUUGAAACCCUAGGUUUACCACAGCACCAUCAGAGUGGCCUACAGCAUUUAUCCAGCUCUUGUAAUUACUGUAAUGUGAGAAGGACGAACCUGGCUUCCAUGUCGGUGAUAGCUCAGUUUGCAUUAGAGAAACCUCAGUCCUGCCCCACUUCAGCAUAGCCAUGAGUGGUGCUUCCUUUUUAGUUUUUCAACUAGUGGUGUCAUAGGUACAGAGUUGGAUCUGUUUCAUAAUCUCCUUUUUAGCUCACAGCUGCUGAAUUACAAACUUCUUUCCCCUCAGUGCUUCUCUUUCAAUUGGUUCAUUUUGUAUAUACCAUCUGACUAAGGCUUCUGGAAGACGGCAGCUGCUAGUGCAUAGCUGUGGAGUCUCAAGACUACUACCCUUGCUCUGACGUUGCUGGGUUUGUAUAGACUAAUACUCUUGACUCAAGUUUAAAGUUGUCCAAAGUUAGGUUUGCGGGGGUUUUUCCUGUUUACAAUUUGAUUGCCGUCAUCCAAAGUUACAUCUCUCAGGGUUUUUCCCUGUUUACAGUUUGAUUAUUUAGUGCUUUUAUGUAGGAGAUGUGGUUUAGUAUCAGAUUAGUGUUUGAAAAUGACUUCAACCUCACAAAAGCAGUUGGGACAAAUGCUGUUUAAAAAAGGGUGACUUUCCAAAACCAAACCAAUUACCCUUUCCCUGAAGUUGAAU